AUGCAAACAUUUGGUAAGAAUAUUUUUAUUGCAGUAGAUUUAUUAAAUAUUUAUAUAGUGCCUGUGCAAAAGCAUCCUAUUAUUAUCAUUACUAUGGCUAGAGUUUUUUGAUUUAAGAAUAGUCAUAAAUUCCUUAAAUUGUUUUUCAAGAAUUCUGUCUUUCUUGAUGCAAUAAUAAACUAUUUGAACCACAAAAAUUGUAUUAAAAAAAUAUUAAAUUAUCCAGACCAAAUAUUUGAUAAAACAGUUCACUACUUGAUAGCAAUUUUUAUGUCAUCAUUUAUGUAUGCACAUUAAAGUGGUGUUAGAUCUAACCCGUCCUUAUGAUAUUUAGCCGGAAGGCUUAUUGAAAGUCCAGGGAUAUUGUGAAAAGAGAAGAUAGCGUUUAUAAAUAUAUAUCCGGCCCAGACUUUGGCAACUUAGAUGGAGCGCAAUGAUGGCUAGCCGGCACAUGCUCGCAUCAUGAGUGUUUUUUGCCUCACGAGCAAUGGGAUUCAGAGUAUGGGAGGGGAGCCCUGCAGAGUCAUUAUUUAGUUCUUUGCCAAUUGAAAUUUUCGCGAGGUGUUGCGUCCUGGGCUAUGAGUUUCCAUUUUAGUCAACAAUGGCCAGAGUUUCUUGAAGGCAAUUUCGUUGAGUGCGGAAUGCUGAUCCAGUGCUCUUGGUCUCAGGUGAGAAUAUUAGCCCUUGCCUGUAAUGAAUAGCAUAGUAGAAUGCCAUGCUCGACUGACAAGCAAUUGAUGAGCAUAGACGCUAAUGACUGCUUUCAGGCAUACAGGAUACUUAUCGAUAAGUAAUAUAAGUUAAAAUUAAGGUCAUCAUUCACUGGAAAAUAA